GCAACAUUUCCUUCACGAAAAGUAAUGAUUGCAUUACACUAUGGGGGUGUUAUGCAAAGUGUCGAUGCGAUUGUUUUCUCUGAUUGUGUCAGUAAGUCAGUUGACUGUGGUGGUAGCCCGUAGGCCGGAGCCCAGCGCGCUGGUAUUAAUUUACGCCGUAUUAGAGAAAUGACGUGUAGUUCAGUGGCUUUUGCACCUGCCGGAGCGCCACCGAUGACCUACGGAAACUCAAGGGCUUUAAGGGUUUCGGCAGACGGGUUCCCAUCGUUUCUUCCCAAAGAGGUCGAGAAGAUCAAAGACCCAUUUGCCCGGAAGCUCGCCAAAAGGAUUGAGAGGGUGCCCGUACAGGUUAGCUUUUCAGAAAGCUGUAUAAUGAGUAGUUGCGUGAAGCCACUAUUUCAGGGUGAGACAAAUCCGGUGGUUCUACUCCAUGGCUUUGACAGUUCCUGUUUAGAAUGGAGUAAUACACAUCCGUUGCUGGAGGAGGCUAGGUUGGAAACUUGGACUGUGGAUAUUCUUGGCUGGGGAUUCAGUGAUCUAGAAAGGCUUCCGGCAUGUACUGUGGCUACCAAACGUGAACACCUGUAUCAGCUUUGGAGAUCCUACAUCAAAAAGCCCAUGAUACUAGUUGGACCAAGUCUCGGUGCUGCUGUUACAAUUGACUUCACUGUUAACCAUCCGGAUGCUGUUGAAAAGGUGGUAUUGAUUGGUGCAGGUGUCUAUACAGAAGGCACAGGAAGGCUUGCAAAAUUACCAAGAGCAACAGCCUAUGCUGGGGUAGCUUUACUGAAGAGCAUUCCAUUGCGGCUGUAUGCAAACCUUCUGGCCUACAAAAGAAUUUCAUAUGGCACCAUCUUAGACUGGACUAGUGUUGGCCGCUUACAUUGCCUGUUGCCUUGGUGGGAAGAUGCUACUGUUGAUUUUAUGCUUAGUGGGGGCUAUAAUGUUAGUUCCCAUAUCAAACAGGUAAAACAGAAGGCACUCAUCAUCUGGGGUGAGGAUGACAAGAUUUUCAGCAGAAAGCUUGCAGUGAGACUACAUUGUGAACUGCCAAAUGCUAUUAUCCGUCAAAUACCAGAUUGUGGUCAUCUUCCUCAUGUGGACAGGCCGGAAACUGUUUCCAAGUUGAUUGUAGAUUUUAUUCGAACUGGCCAUUGAUAAAGUUCUAGAGGUGUCCAAUUCUUGAUUUAUUACCGUAUGGGGGCACUGCGUUUUGAUGUACUUAAGUGGAAGUGGCAGCUACUUUACAGUGCUGGACUCUUUGAAGGUUUGGCGUGAAAUUUGCAACCAUUUCAUGCCCAGAACUUGUUCUAGUGGGUUUAAUUGCAGACAGAGUACCUCAUUGCACAUGUAAUAAGUUUGAAAAGAUUGACCAAAGUUGCUAAAUGCUAUACUUAGUAAGUAAACCCAUGCAAUGCUGAGGUUAAAUAGAAAUUUGGGUAGGCUUGGAUUCAGGAUA